AUGUUUAAAUCUUGUAUGAUAGAAAGAGAAAAGGAUCUAAGAUGUAGUAAUAAUCAUAAGCAGCCUAUUCUUAUGGUUGUUCUUGAUCCAAAAUUAGAAUUAAACUAGAGACUUUUAUGUGCAGAUUGUAUAAAAGGGUUUAAGACAAAUGUUACAACAAUGGGCUAUGAAUUAGUUUGUAAAACAAUAAGAGAGAAUUAAAAUCAAAAGAUUGAAACAAUAGAGAAGCUUGUUCAAUAAAAUGUUAUAUAGAUAGAGGAGCUUUUGGGAAAUAUUCAUAAAUUAAAAUCUUAGAUUGCUUUUUAAUUAGAUGAAAUAAUAGGAUUUAGUAGUGGAUGGAUUCAAAAUUUAUAAUAGGUAGGACAUGAUCAUUCUCAUUAUAGUUUUCAUGCGGAAUUAAGAAAUAUAAUCACUAAGUCUUUAGAAAAUAAAAAUGAUAAAUCUAUUUUGAUUAAUGAAAUUAAUACAGUAAAUGAUUUUUGGAAAUUAAAAAUAAAUGAAAAGUUGGAAUUACUUAAUAAUUUUAAGUAAUAUUAAAAAUGUUAAGAGAUAUUAUUAAAUAUUAAUAGAUAAAUAGAUGUAAAAGAGGAAGGGAUUUAAUCUUAAAAGUUAUCUUAAUAAAAAGAAUUAUAAAUAUAAUCAGUUUAAGAUUUAUGUUAAUCAUAAAAUAGAAUUAAUUUAGAAGAUUAGAUAUAAAUAUAAUUAAAAGAUGAUUUUAUUAAAUAGAACAACAAAUGUUAUGCUAUAGCUUUUAAUAAAAGUGGAUCAUAAAUGGUAUCCAUGAAUAAUUUUGAUAUUAGAAUAUGGACUAUGAAUGAAGGUAAAUUAAAUUUAGAAUCUACUCUAUAUGGACAUAGCAGUUAUAUAUACUGUUUAAUAUAUAGUAAAUUACAAGAGAGUUUUAUAUCUAGUUCUAAUGAUAAAACUAUUAUUUGUUGGAAAAAAAUUAAUUAAAAUGAUUGGAAGAAAUCUCAUUAAUAUAGAUAACAUAAGGGUUGGAUUGGAAGCAUGGUUCUUAAUAAAAAUGAAACCUAACUCUUUUCAGGAGGAGGAGAUUUUUAGAUUAUUGUUUGGUAAGUUGAUUUGAAUUAAAAUGAAUUAUAAUAUCUUUAUUCCCUAGAGAAACACACUAAUAGCAUAAGAGCCAUAAGUUUAAAUGAUUCUGAAAAUGUGUUUAUUUCUUGUGGAGAUGAUUAAUAAAUAAUUAUUUGGGAAAUUGGAUAACAUAAUAAAUUUUAAUUUAAGUAAGUUUUUACAUAGUUUAUUAAUUCUACAGGAUGUCAUCUAAAGUUUUUAAAUGAUAAUCAAUUCAUAUGGGUUCCUUAUAGCAAAGAAUUAAAUUUUAUUUGCAUGUUCUAAUAAAAACUUGGAAUAUUCACUGAGGAUACUGAAAAUAGAAUUUAAUUAAAUUCUAAUAAUAAUAAAAAUGUUGGUUGCUCUUUAUUCCCAAUAGUCUAUUUGAAAGAUAAAAAUGCAUUAUUUAUUAGAUCUAAAAAUAUUAUUUAUAUAUUGAGAGAACUAGAUGGUAAAUUUUUGGUUGUUAAUUAAUUGAAUUGUAUUACUAAUUGGAAUUUUGGAACUGUGACAGAUGAUGGUAAAUAUUUAGUAGUCUGGGAUGAUCAUAAAAAAGGCUAUUAAUCCAUUGAAUUAUCAUAUAAAUGA